AAAACUAAUGCAUGGCGUAGUUUUGGAUGCUCCGUUAUCUCGCCGAAGUGGAACAGACCUUGUCUUGCAAGUCUUGGGUUGUCAUUUUCCUAGUUUGUUUGAUGAUGAUGAAGAAGAAGAAGAAAAAGUUGUUGGCAUACUCAAGCCCCAUAUUAUUUCUAUGGGUAAUGUAGUGGACAUUUAUGAAGGUUCACAACCAGAUGGAUUGUCCUUUUGUACCGCAACUAGUGUAUCCGAUUCAAGUCUUCAUCAUAGUAUAUGGAAGUCUUUUCGUGUUAUUUCUAGUCGAGUGGAAUCCAUUUUGUUUUCCAUUUCAUUCCAACACGUGGAAGGCAUGUAUCAGUCAUUUUCGAAGAUGGAUAAUGAACGUAGCUUUCCAAGUUAUUUAUUUUGUCAAUAUUUAUUUCCAGGAAGACAGUUAGACUUGUGUCAUUGGAUAGUCACUGGACUUGUAUUAAAGAGUUUGAAGCAACAUUUUCGAAGAGGUCCACCAGGCCAAGGCUUUAUAGUUGAGUCGAGAGCUUCGAGGAGAAGUAAGUCAUUGUUUGCUUGGAAACUUUUAUGGGAUAGUGUUUGGAAAGAUAAAGAAGAGUGGUAUUCGAAGAGUGCUUAUGAAAGAGGACGACUGAUUUCGAUGAGUCCAUUGCUAUUUGUAGAUGCAGUUCAGUGGAUAGGACAUUUAGAACAAUGUCUAUAUGAAGGCCAUUUGGACAAAGAAGCUCAAGUUGUUUUAAAGAGUUUGAAUGUUACGCCAAGUUUACAAAGUUUAUGUUGCUUGUUGGAAGAAUGUGGUUCUAUGAUUCCUUCAAGUACUGAGUUGCAACUCUUACCAUCUUUUGAAGAAGAAUGGAUGCAUCCCAUCAUAAGACAAAGAGAGAAGAGAAUGGAAUCUUCUUGUUCUCACAAGUUGAAUCAUCAUCAUUCACUUCAUAGUUAUUGUUUUGAUACUCAAGACUCGAUAGCAUUGGACGAUGCUAUUAGUGUGGAAAGAGUGAAUGAUCAUUAUGUGAUUGUAAGUGUUCAUAUCAUUGAUGUUGCUUCUUAUAUUCCAACGGGUUGUCCAUUGGAUGAAGAAGCCAGACGUAGAGAAGAAACUUUGUAUAUGAAAAACAAAACAUUUCAUAUGUUGCCACCCAAAUGGUUACGAUUAUUGUCCUUUUCUACAGAAUGGAACAAUGAUACUUUGGCAGCUCGCUUUCAUAUAGAUAUUUCACAUACUUGUAAAGUCAUCAAAGAAGAACUUGUUCCAAUGCAGAUUCCUCCUAUUCAUCGUUGUUAUCGGUUUUCACCAACUGGACUCACCAUCGUGGAUAAGGAAGAAGAAACCAUGAUGAUGGAGAAUGAUUGGAAUAUUUUAUGGACUUUUAUCUGUUUUGAUCAACAACAACCACAAUCGAUACCUCGUCCAAUAUCCAAAAUGAAUAUAGAAUAUUUAUUAGACUACUAUUUGACUAGAGCAAGUGCACUUAUUCGAAAACAUGUACUAUCAUCAUCGAUGAUGAUUUGUUCUUUUCAACAAGACAAAGAAGUGAACAAAUUCCAACGUAUGAUUAGGAAAAACAAGAAACGUUUGGGUACUCGUCCUUUAAGAAAAUAUGAAGACUUGAUGAUACAACGCCUAUGCAUUGGUGAAGAAACCACUUGGAAAGAUGUUUUGCAAUAUUAUGAAAAUAAGAAAGAUAGAAUGAAACAUAUUCGACUUGUCAAGAUAUGUAAUCGAUUCUUUCAACAAUGGGUGUUUCAACGUGGAUGUCGUAUGAAUGAAAAACCUUUCUAUGUGAUGAGUGAUAUUUGGGAGUAUCAUCCAAUUAUCAAGAGAAAAGAUAACCUUGAAAGAAGAAAGAAAUAUCCUAUGGUUACUUUACGAAAUAGCCAAUCCCAACAUUCUAUGGAAAGGAAUCGUUCAAGAAAUCCAUUUGUUCUCUCAACAAUGCAAAAUCAUAUGGAAAGAGUCGAGUUGAAACAAGAAAUAGAUUGGAAUGAUAUACCACUGUUUUGUCCCAGUAACUAUUCUUUACCUAAACCUCAAGAACUAGACGAAGAGACGGAAAAGACUUGUUUGGGUGCACUCUCACACUUGGCUUUUGAUGAACCGAGUACAACAGAAAAGAUACAAGAUUGGCAAGAAAAAGGAAAAGCUUUUUAUAUCAAAAAAAAGUAUAAACAAGCUAUCGACUGUUAUACAAAAGCUUUACACGAAUGGCAAAAGGAAACAGGGUUGGACCCUUGGACAGGUUGUGUGUUGUAUAGUAAUAGAGCAGCAGCACAACUAGCAUUGAAAAACUAUGGAAAAGCUUUAGAAGAUUGUCAACAAUCACUAGCGUUGGGAACUUUUGAAAAGUCCUAUUAUAGAGGUUGUAUAGCUGCCUUGGCUAUUCAAAAGUGGAAACAAGCACAAGUAUUGUUACAACAAGCCAAAGAAAAUAAUGCUUUGGAAUAUAAGAGAAUAGUGGAAUUGGAAGAGAAAAUAGCAACACAAAGUAGACAACAAGAAGAAGAAAAGAGAAGAGAAGUGCAACUACAACUAGAAAAGAAAACAAAUUUACAAAGUCUCAUCAACGCUUUGAAAGAUAGAAAUAUACGUUUAGGAUUGCCUUUGUUUGUCACUCAAAAGUGGUCAUCCUACUUCCAACCACAAAUAUUAUCUAAUGAUGAGUUAAGUUGGCCAGUACUUUUUGUCUACCCUGUUUAUGAGGGCCAAAGUGACUUGUUGGAGAAUUGUGUAGAAAAUGUAAAACUUUGUGAAUUGUUGGCCUUGUUAUUCUCCAAAAGGGCGCCUUGGGACUAUCGUGGCUUGUAUCAUCAAGAACAUCUAAAAGUUUUCUAUUAUACUAAUUGGACUCCUUGUUUGGAAGAAAUGAAUAGUGCAGUAGAAUAUCUGUAUUCGAACAAGAAUGGAAAUAUAGAAGCUUCUCCUAUAGCAGAGAAUGAAAUGGGAUCAAAGAUAGUAGUGUCUCAACAACUAAGUUUGUCUCAAAUUAUUUCUAGGAAAGAUUAUGUAGUUCCAUUGUAUCCCGUCUUCUUUGUCAUGCCUUCAUAACUACUUUUUCCCAAAGAUGAUGAAGAAAAUCAGAUUUUUUUGGGGGACAAAGAAAAAAUGACACAGAAAAAUGAAAAAGGCGCACUUCUUACGAGGAAGGUACCUCAAGGCUACGUAUUGUUGAAAAGCUCAGACGGGUUUGAAUUUUAUGUUG